AUUAAAAUGGAUCCAUUAUCUGUAUUUGGAGUAUCAUCGAUAGCUGCUGGAGGAUUUUGCCUUCUUAAGUGGGGAGCCAAAGCAAUUUGGAAACUCUUCACAAAAUCUAAAAAGAAAUCUUUUUUGAGCAAUUUAGUGACCUCAUCUGUGAGCGCUGGAAUUGAUUGCUAUAGUGACAUGCUAACAGAAGCAGGUGAUGCAUGGAGUGAUAGAGAGACUCAGCUCGAAAUCGAAAUAAACAAUACUUAUAAGAAAGACAAAAAGUAUUAUGAAAAAGAAAAGGAGCUAAAGGAAGCUAAAGAAAUGAUCAAAACUAUCACUCAAGAAAGAGACUAUUGGAAGGAGAACUAUUUCAAGAUGAAGUCACACUACGAGGAAGUAAUCGCUAAACUCAGGGCCGAAAAUGCUGAACUAAAAGCUGAACUCGCAGAAUGCUACAAAACCAUGGCUAAAAAUGACGAAGAGUUCGAAGAGUGGGACAGGAUCCACGGCUAACCUAUCAAUCUUACCUUCUUUACUUGACCUAUUUUUGUUUAUGGUCAUAUAAUGAUUUGCCCUUAUAUAAAGUCCUUG